AUGUUAGCUUACGUGGUCGUGGUACUGACAGUGUUGGACGUCUGUGUACCGCUGUACCAUCACCAGUUCGCGGUCUUCGUCCCUGGUGGGCCAGAAAAGGCUCACGAACUGGCGCAUAGACAUGGCUUCAUUAAUCACGGGGAGAUUGGCAAUCUGAAGCACUACUUUUUACUAUCACAUCCACACGUCAGUAAGAGAUCACCUAACGCCAGCAUCGACCAUUACAAUAACCUUAAAAAUGACCCACAGGUGAGAUGGGUUAUGCAGCAGAGGGAGUUGCGGAGGUCCAAGAGGGACCAUCAGUCGCAGCCGAGGCACGUCAUGAGGCAAUCCAGUGCUCCUGCCUUCCCCGACCCUCUGUUCAAAGAGCAGUGGUAUUUGAAUGGAGGUGCAGCUGACGGCUUAGAUAUGAAUGUUGGCUAUGCUUGGAGGAAGGGCUACACGGGGAAAGGAGUCGUUAUCACCAUCUUAGAUGACGGCAUUCAACCUAACCAUCCAGAUCUAUCACAGAAUUACGACCCUGCGGCAUCGACGGACAUAAAUGGGAACGACACGGACCCGACACCGCAGGACAAUGGCGACAAUAAACACGGCACCCGGUGCGCGGGUGAGGUGGCUGCGGUCGCCUACAAUAGAUAUUGCGGCGUCGGCAUAGCUUACAAUGCCAGCAUUGGAGGAGUCAGGAUGCUCGACGGCCUUGUUAACGACGCAGUGGAAGCCCAAGCACUGGGAUUUAACACACAUCACAUAGACAUAUACAGUGCGUCAUGGGGCCCCGAGGACGACGGCAAAACAGUCGAUGGCCCCGGCCCUCUGGCUAGAAGGGCGUUUAUAAAUGGCGUGACGAACGGAAGAGGCGGGAAAGGAUCUAUUUUUAUAUGGGCGUCGGGAAACGGCGGCAGGCAUACGGACUCUUGCAAUUGUGAUGGAUACGCGAAUAGUAUAUUUACUAUUUCUAUUUCUAGUGCAACACAGGGGGGAUACAAACCGUGGUAUUUAGAAGAAUGCUCUUCAACAAUAGCUUCAACUUAUAGUUCAGGAACCCCAGGUCGAGACAAAAGCGUGGCCACGGUUGAUAUGGACGUGCAAUUACGGCCUGAUCACAUUUGUACUGUAGAUCACACAGGUACAUCGGCGUCGGCGCCAUUAGCUGCAGGAAUAUGCGCAUUAGCUUUAGAAGCAAAUCCAUUACUAACCUGGAGGGAUAUGCAACAUCUCAUCGUAAUGACAUCUCGUUCACAGCCACUAGAAAAAGAAGAAGGAUGGAUCGUAAAUGGUGUGAAGAGAAAAGUGAGUCAUAAGUUUGGUUACGGGCUAAUGGAUGCCGCUCAGAUGGUAACAUUAGCCGAACAAUGGACAAAUGUACCCCCACAGCACAUUUGUAAGUCGCAAGAAAUAAACGAGGACAAGUCUAUUGAAACAUCUUUCGGUUAUACGAUAUCAGUGCACAUGGAUGUGAAUGGGUGCAGCGGGACGAUGAACGAGGUCAGAUUUUUGGAACACGUUCAAUGUAAAAUUUCACUGAGCUUUUUCCCUAGAGGAAAUUUACGGAUAUUGCUUACGUCGCCGAUGGGGACUACUUCCACCCUUUUAUUGGAGAGGACGCAUGACGCAACGAGUUCUAACUUCGACGAUUGGCCGUUUUUAAGUGUCCAUUUUUGGGGAGAAAGUGCCGAAGGGCGUUGGACCCUUCAGAUAUUAAACGCCGGUAAUAUCCACGUCACUCAACCGGGCAUAUUGAAAAAGUGGCAGUUAAUAUUUUACGGCACGGCUACCAGUCCAAUACAGUUACGAAAUAAAAGCUAUUUUAACUCAAAUAAUGUUUACAAGCAAGAAAAGGCUUAUCACGUUAACGACGUUUACGACGCCUCAGAAUACUCCCAAUUCCUCAACGAAAUCGAACUUGGCAUUUCUGAUAGACGUAAUUACCCCAAAAAUAUUCCAUCCACACAGCGUAAAAAUGUUUUGGCAGAUGCCAACGAUAAACAAGUGCAAAGACUGUGUGAUCCGGAAUGUGAUUCACAAGGCUGUUAUGGGAAGGGGCCAACUCAAUGUGUUGCUUGCAAGCAUUAUCGUUUAGAUAACACAUGCGUGUCUCGAUGUCCCCCGAGAAGCUUCGUUAACCAAGGUGGUGUUUGUUGGCCGUGCCACGAGUCAUGCGAGACGUGUGCAGGAGCUGGCCAAGAUUCGUGUCUCACAUGCGCCCCCGCUCAUCUGCUAGUAGUUGAUUUAGCUGUUUGUUUGCAAGUGUGUCCGGAGGGGUAUUAUGAAGACCCCGAUGCUAACGCCUGUUUUCCAUGUGCCGAGCAUUGCGAUACCUGUUCUGAAAAGGCAGAUAUGUGCUCCUCGUGUGUUCAUAAUUAUGUCCUUUACAACGGCUCUUGUUUAGCGACCUGUCCUCCUGGUACACAUCAAAAAGAUGAUUUCGGAUGCAUACCAUGUCAUGAAACGUGUGAAUCUUGUCACGGCCCUAGCCAAAAUGCUUGUGUUUCGUGUCGCAUUGGUGAUUACGCAUUUAGAAAUUGCUGUGUAGCAAAAUGCCCCUCAGGAUAUUACGCCGACGCCCAAAGAAGAGAAUGUUUGCCGUGUUCAAUUGGUUGUUCUGCUUGCACCAAUGCCGUUUGUACAGUAUGCCAAGAAAAAUGGAUUCUGACUAAGAGUGGAACUUGUCUACCCGAUGGCAAUGAUAAAUGUGACACAAAUGAGUAUUACGAAGGGGGAAGGUGUAAAAAUUGCCACUCGCUCUGCGAGAAAUGUAGCGGGUCUAACGACUGGGACUGUUUGUCUUGUUCGAGUCCCUUGUUGUUACAAGGAUCGAGGUGCGUAGCUGAGUGUGGACCAGGUUUCUAUCAGACUGCAGGAAGAUGUUCGCCGUGUCCACAUACUUGUAAGAGCUGCGUAUCAAGAUUGAACUGCACAUUGUGCGCUGGUGCCUUACGUUUGCAGUCAGGAACAUGUAGAGCGAUUUGUGCUCCUGGCUACUAUCCUGAUGAAGGGACUUGUUCCAAGUGUUACUUGUCAUGUGAGACGUGCACAGGCCCUAGAAGAGAUCAAUGUGCAUCAUGUCCCCCUGACUGGAGAUUAGCGGCGGGAGAGUGCCACCCCGAAUGUCCGCAGAACUUCUUUUCUUGGCAGGCGGGUUGUCGUCGUUGCCACCAUUAUUGUCAAGACUGUCAUGGCGCUGGGCCUCAGCGCUGUACAUCAUGCCCACAGCAUUUUUCAUUAGAAAACGGUUUAUGUGUGGAGUGCCUUAGUUCUCAGUACUACGAGCCUAGAACGAGGAGUUGUCGCCCGUGCCACGACUCCUGCAGGUCAUGCUCGGGUCCGGGUCCAACCAGUUGUCUCACGUGUGCACAUCCCCUACGUUUAGAUAGAGUGAAUCACAAAUGUUUGCCAUGCUGCACCGAGAGCACGGUGUCGCUUCUCAUAAAUAGUAAUCAGACCGAUUGCUGCCACUGUGAUAAGGAUAUUGGAGGUUGUUUAAACGGGUCAUCAGCAGGCAAGCGGCGGAUAGCCGAGAACAUUGGCACGCACAUAACGGCACCAUUUUUCAUCGAGGACUCUAACGAUGCCUCGAACAUUCUAGAACGUAACUCACUCGCUGUAUGGAGUGUGGGCGUCUUUCUACUGGCUACAGUCCUCACUCUGAUUGCUGUUAAGUUAAAAAGGUCAAGAACACCCAAACACAGGACUAUGUUCCCGAAGACCGAGUACUCCCAGCUGACCACCAUCGACGAAGACUUGAUAGCGAUGACGUCAUCGACCACUUUGAAAGCCCUUGACAGUAUACAAAUACAAAGUAAAACUCAACUAGAAGAACCAACAUAG